GCUCCCUUGAAAGGCAUAUCAUUAGAUUGUCUGGCUUGGCCAGAUUGUCUGGGAAAGAUGAAUGUCAGAUCGUCAGGAAACAAUGGCCAGUCUGAUUCCCCGCCUUUCUUAGCAGCACGUCAUCUGGUUCCAUGUAAACAUGGGCCGUCCACUGCGCUGACGGGACGGCUAAUUGGCUGUCAUAUAUGUAAAUCAGGGCCAGGAGCGAAUAAUAACUACUGUUAUCAAUCGUAGUGUUACUCCAAUUUGGGCAGGGCUCAAUAUCUAAUGGACUGAAUUAAUCAUCUUGAUCAUUACUGUAAUAGAGGUCAGGUUCUGAAAAAGGAUGUUGGCAGUUUAUCGGCGUCAGAAGCUGAGGUUUGAGUGCCCCGAGUUCAACUACGGGGAACAAUAUGUACGUAUGUGUAAGACUACAAAGCAACCUCCACAAAGUCCCAAAGAUCAUCUUUGCAAAUUAAAACAGGUUGUUUAUUUUAAGGUAGACUGUUUCUCAGUAGUAAAACAGGAAUGGCAUGUGCAUUUAGUGGGUCUUCAAUCACACUGAUAAAUUACUCCCACUCGUCAGACACUGCUAGGACCAGGGUGGAGCAGAAGGGGCUUUAGGGAGGGGCUUUCCAUAUCUUGCUCUUCCAUUAUUUAUUGACAUUGACAAAUUAGGCAUUGUUUUUGUGUUUUUGCGCAAGGUCGACCUUUGAAUACAGCAUAUUACAACUAGCUCUGUCCACGGUAUUAAAGCAUGGUAAUCUUUCACCAUCUAUGUCUUUUCUACCCCGACACUUGUUCAUCCCAACCCAAGAGGUCGAUUUAGCCCUUUCUAACAACAAUGUGUGAAGCAAUUUGCGACUUAAUUUAAUUAAUCAUCCAGUUAGGAAAUUACAUUUCCUUGGGUAAAUUGGUUUUUAAUUGGUAAAAUGGUUUGAAGGAUAAGAAACCCCGAACAUGUAUUUUGGUGUCUCUAGCUGGAAUGUUUGUUAUUCCCACCGUUAGUGGGUUAUAUAUGCUACUAAUUGCUCAUUUAAAGUUAAUUUAUACAGUUGGUUUAAAAAGCAGUAGCGGUACCAUUUAACAAAUGAUUCAAAGAGUACUUAACAGGUCUACCACUGUGUUCUUUUGGUUGCCAUGGAAUCAAAGGAGGAUAAUAAUACAUCUUUAAAAACGCACAUAUACUUUCAGUAAUAAUUUUGUACUGUGCCUUUAAACUGUGUGUUCUACAAAAUAUUUGAAACAAACAUUGAAUUCAUUGUGUUAUACAUAUCCAGACUAAUUAAUUGUCCCCGCGGGGCCCCAAAACAGGCAGAUCUUAACUAGGUUGACAAUAUUUGAGCUUCAGGUUGAAAGAUGGUAAGCAAUAAGUAGUGUUGUAUGCCUGAUUUCUGUAAGCUUUAUUUUUGAUGUGUUUGUUUAAUAAAAAUAUUUGAAACAAAAAAACGAAAAAAGUGCCUCAGAGCUGUGUUAACAACACGAGGCAACAUCCCCCAAGUGUUGCCCAGGGUGGGGUGGCCUUGUCAACAGGGAUAGCCUGAAAUUAUCCCCGCUCUAGCGACUCCCUCAGGCAAGUCAGGCGCCAUCAAGUGAACUGAGGUCUUGAGUCAAGUGAGCGUGACCUCUCACCCGCUGAACUGACUAGCUCCCUGAUUACAGUGUGUAGAAUUGCCAAAUGGCAGGAGUGCUUUAUCAAGGGGAGUGUUUGAUGUCCUUGUGAUGCUUACAGGCCUCAUUUAUCAAUCAUGAAUGAGCACAAAUCUGUGCCCAUGUUUGCUUGAGAGUGACAGCACUUGACUCUUGCCAAGCGGUGGAAUAAGGGAGUUGCUUGUAAAACGCAGAUCAGUUGGUGCUGAUUACAUUGUGAGAAUAGACUAAUAAUUAUGGCCACACAGGAACUCCCAAAAAACUUCGGGGAGUUGAAGAUGUCGUGCACAAGUUCCAAAUUCCAAGUACACUUGACAAGAUGUUAAGUUAGUCAAUUACAGUUGCUUGUACAUUUUUAUUCUAGUUUUUUUUUGUGUGUAUUUCAGAUUGGCACUCGGUAUAUUUUGUAUAACCCAGUAUAUUUUGAAAUUAUAGAUACCAAAUGCAAGUUUAACAAACGUCUAGGUUCACCCCAUCCACUUGGUGGUGGUAAAACUCCACUACACGGGAAUUCUUAGUUUAAAAACACAACGAAGAAGAAGGAAGACGUUCGUAAACAGCUUUUUUUUUUUUUUUUUUUUAUACUUUAAAUCGCCAUAACUCCGUUACUGAAAGUGAAAUCUUGAAAUGCAAAAACAGAGUUUACUUAUGGACACAGGUCCUCCUCUCCCCUUGUCCUCUUUGCGUCUCUUGGUUUCUCCGCUUCGGCUGGUUUCUGCAGCCCUAUGGCAAAUUGUUCUGCGGAGGGAUGUCAUGGACUACGGGUUGGUGGAGGAGUUUGUCACCACCGUGUUGGAAGAAGCCCCGGAUAAGAUGAGUUACAGGGAAAGAGUUCAACUCGUCAUGGGACUCCGGGCUCAGCUGGUUCUCGAGUUGUGCCGCUCUGAUCACCUAGCGGACCAUGAGACCAUCCAGCCACACCUGAACAGGAUACACACCUGCAUCAUCUCUUGCAGGGACCCAGAGAUUUCUGAUCCUGAGGUUGAGGCGUCAGAAUCAACCUUCCUGAAGCUGGUUCAGACUCUGCUGGAAGACCCAGUUGAGAAAGAACACUUCUUUCAGAACGUUUUUGCUGAGAAGUUUGGCCCCAAGUACGACUCUGCCCUCCAGGCUCUAUUGUGGGAAUUUCUUUCCAGGCUGGACACGACUCUUCCGUCUCCGAGCCUACAGCAGACUGCGUCGUGGUUCCUGCCGGACCCCGCUGUCCUGGAGGAGUGUGUGCAGUGUGUGUGUCACCCCCAGCCCCUGAAGAACAUUCUCCAGCACCACCGCCACGACAACACAUCUGUCCACGUAGGCAGUGCCCAGCUUUCGGGAGACGAUCGGAUCUUCUCGCCGACAUCUCUCUCUCCCUCUGAGGCUGUUGAUGCCGUGUUUGACCCAGAGAUCCAGUCAGAGCCCAUGCAGGGAUGUAUGAGCCCCGUCUCAUCUGACAAUGAGGCAGGAAUGGCCCCUGUGUUGGAUUACACAGAGAGAAAAACGUUUUCUGUAAACGAAGAAGCAAAGCCCGCUUUCUCGGAUGUGUUGUUUAUACACGAAAAAGAAGAGAACGUAAAACACAAAGAGCUAGCAAAAGGGAGAAAAAUGAAUCGCACAAAGGUCGGAAAAAAGAAUAAAGCAUUUCACAACCUUCAAAUUGACAGAGGCCUGAAAAUCCAUGCAAAACCUCAUAACAGGAAACAGGAAAUUCUAUUACCUGUGUCAGAGGUCUCUCUGGGGAGGAAGAGUAGAAGAGUGAGGUCACACGGAAAGACAGAUCAGGUUGUGUCACAACGAAGUCAGAGGAAUGUCAAAAACAAAGCCUAUGAUGGUCACCAUCAGAAUCCUUUAGCUCCUGACCCGAGCCCUGCCACGGGGCGGUCCAAAAAGAGCAAACGUGUCAAAGUGUGCUCUUUAUGCAGGAAGUCUUUUAGCCAAGCGAAGGAUUUGACAGCACACAUGAGGUCUCACACUGAGCAGAGCCCUUGCAGGUGCGCCCACUGUGGAAAGGACUUUGAACUCCAAAAGGACCUCCAGAAACAUCAGCAGAACGUGUGCGAGAAGUCAACUCAACACAAGGACAACGUGUCCACGCUGUCUUGUGAGGAGGACGAUACGCCUGCGACUUCGGCGGGGCACGAUCAGAGUGAGGCAGCCCGACCCCCUGGCACUUUACCUCAGAGCAAAAGAGGUCCCUAUGUCCGCCACGCCACGAAAGCCUUCCAGCCUUCCAAAGCCAGACAAGUCUGCUACGUGUGUGACAAGACCUUAUGUAACUUAUUCAUGUUGAGAAGGCACAUCAAAUCUGUGCACGGUCUGCUACCGUACAUGUGCCACAACUGUGAGGAAAGUUUUGGGAACAACCCCGAUUUAAAAACGCAUGUGAAAGAGUGUGUGAAGCUGAAGAAACGCCAAACUUGCUCUCUGUGCGGCGUGAACUUUAUGCCUACUCAGCCGACAGAACAUCCGCGGGGGAAACAACAGACGUUGAACGCUGUAAAAGAACAUGUUCUAGGGGCACCCCAACCAUCCAGUUCGGCACCACAGAACACAACAUCUCUUAAUGCGCUUCCCGUCAUGACACCCUCCUCCAGCAAUUACAAGACGUGUCUCCUGUGUAAUGAGACUUUUGAUACUGUAGCAAACAUGAGGAAACACCUCAAAUUUCAUCAUGACGUACACCCUUACCCAUGCAUCCACUGUGGGGAAAGUUUCCCAAACGUAUCCGAUCUGCAGACGCACAAGUGUUCGGGUCAGAACAUUCCAGACUCCAGAAAGUGUCCGGGGUGCCGAAAAAGAACUUCUCAAUCUGGACCGCAGCAGUUAAAGACCGUUGAGGGUGAGAACCUUACAAGAGAGCAACCCAGUGGGCCUCUAGUUGGUUGUGGAAACGAUACGGAGUUAAACAGCACGGACAUAUGUUCAAAUGAUUUGUCGCCACACCACACUUAUAAAUGUGAGGAGGUUAACGUUCCGAUAGGACAGCAAGACCAGAGUAAGGAAGCUGAUCCAAACCAUCAUCCAGAACAAGCGGAUCCACUGGAUGGAAGCAGCUCUCUGGUUGAGAGGGAGUCUGGGACACCCCAGACCAGUAGCGAGUCAACCCAGAACCAGACGACUUCCGACGUUCCGCCAACUGACAAGACCUUCUGCGACAGAGCAAGUUUGCUCCUGAAUGUGCAACGCCAUAGCCCGGGUCAGGGAAAGCACACGUGCAGCAUUUGUUCCCGGAGCUUUAGUCAGGCGUUGUUUUUGAUAAGACAUCAGGCCCGGAAAACCGGGUGCGGACCGAUGCGUCGCAAUCGCGUGGCGCACGAGAACGUUCCCACGGACGCCGUGCCGGUCUUCUCAUGCCCCCAUUGUCAGGAGUGGUUCCGGAGCAAGGGCAAACUGGAGACACACAUGGUGUGCCACACGGGGGAGGGGUUUGACUGUAGGUUCUGCGGCAAGACGUUCACCGAGCAGUAUAAACUGUACACCCACGUUCGUUCGCACGUCUACAGGCCCCACCUGUGCGACUCGUGCGGUAAGGACUUCAGGACCAAGUACGCCUUGACGGUGCACAUGCGCGUUCACACGGGGGAGAGGCCGUUCUCCUGCCCAAACUGUGGCAAAAGUUGCUCCUCAAAGGGCAACCUGAAAGCCCAUCAGCGGGUCCACUCCGGGGAGCGGCCGUUCGCGUGCACCUUCUGUAAAGUACGCUGUCGCAUCAAGUCCCAACUGAAAAUACACAUGCUAACUCAUACGGGGGAGAGGCCUCAUAAGUGUCUGGCUUGUGGGAAGACCUUUCAGCUGAAAUUUCUGCUGAGGAAACAUCUGCUAGCGUCAUGUUCCUAAGUUGUUUAUACUAGGAUGUGUGCUGUUUUUCCUCUGUUUUGAUUGGUUAAAAGUACGAAGUAUGAGAUGUAUGCAUUCGCUGAGGUACGCUUCUCUGGAUAAGUGUCUCCUAAAUUGUUCUUCAUGUGAAAGAUGGGCAAAUGGCAGGAACGUUGUCCUUGAUUCAAAACACUUCAUUUGCCAGUUUUUGUCACUGUUUUCUAAAAAAACACCCAUUUUGCUAACAAUUGGGUCUGGAACAAUUUUUUUUUUUCUUCCAGGACCAGUCAGAUCUGCGCUUUCUACUUUGCACGCUUAAUCGUAGCAUUCCCAUUAUGACGAUGAUAUUGUGUUUCACAAUAUCGUAUUGCAUCGUUUGACCACAUUGCUGGACUUUUAUCUAGAUUAAGUAUAUACAUACACACUAAUAGAAAAAGCUGUGUAGCGGUCACCUUUGCUGCAGUAAUUUGUCCAAUGCUGGCUGUUAUUUUCCUUUGUGAAAAUUCUACGUUAAUGUCAAACGCAUGACGUAGAUAUAAAAAUAAACAAUGCCUUGAAUUCA